AUGCCAGCAACGAAGGUGCAUGUCCUACCAGCGAGCUGCGACAUAGGAGAGGAAGGUGAGAGUUCCGGUAUCCAGGCGUCCUUCCGUUCGUUUUUAACAUGCAUGAAAAUCACGGGACUGCACCACUUGAAAAGGCGCAAAACCAAUGGCGGCAAAAUUUGGAAACGAUUAGCAUGGAUGUAUAGACUAUUUGUGCCAGGUGUUUUGUUGGCGAAUUUUGUGUUUUCAAUGGGAGAGUUUCGCAGUAUCACCAGUUUUGAUGCAUAUUCGUUGGAUCACAUGAUAGCAUCAAUUUCAUUUCUGCAGGUGACAUUAUUUUCUCUGAACAACAUUAUUCGAGGUAGAAGAUGGGACAGGUUCUAUAAAGCUUGGGACGAGUACACGGAGGUUAACAAAAUCGAAACAAGCCGUUGGAUCAGAAAGUUCUCACUCGCGGUCAUGUGGGGCUACUUUAUCUGGAUUGCUACAGCGGCUGGGUUUCUCGCCUUAAACAUGUCCAACCCCAGGCAACCGUCGGGAUUCGCCGAACUUCUUCCGGAUUCCCUUAUGUCACCAGUAAUGGUCUUCACCAGUAUUGCAUACUUUUUCUGUGCCUCGACGUCAUUUUUGCUCACAGCACAGUUUAUUCUCACAUGCACUGCCAUUUGCAGAGUUCUGCACGUGUUGUACAGAGCAAUGUGUAUAUCUAUUGAACAUGACGACACCCUCAAAGAGAAAAUGGAAAUGUUUCGGCAGCAGCACGAGAAAUGCUGCCGCAUAAUAAGCCUCGCCGACGACGUUUUGUCUGUGUUCACCUUGGUAACGGUGUUCACGACCAUUCCGCUCAUCGUGAUCACGCUGUACUUCGUGUUGUUCGACAAGUCGGAGGUAGAAACGUUGGCAUACGCCGCCACGUGUUGGUCCAUCACGCUCAGUGUUCUCCAGCUAACCGUCAUCUUUCUGUUUGGCGGCGCAGUUAACUAUAUGGCGCACAGACCGGCCACGUUGCUGUAUGGAUUGGACCUGAACAGGACAGCGCAACUCUCCGUUCAACAGCUGGGUGUAUUUUUGACGCGACUGACGAGCCAGCCUAUCGGGAUGACGGCCUUCGGCCUGUUCGUCCUCGACAAACCUACCAUCUUCACGUUUGUGGGCAGCAUCAUGACGUACGCCAUUGUGAUGAUCCAGUUCAAGCCGGGAGACAACACAUGCCCCAUCACGUGCAAUUGUACUGUCUAG